GGAGAGGGGAUCAGGGAGAGGGGAUCAGGGAGAGGGGAUCAGGGAGAGGGGAUGGCCGCGCCGACCCCCGCGGGGUCGCCCCGUCUCAGGAGGGGCCUCCCACCGGGGUGCGUGUAGGGGACUCCGCGCAACCAUGAGCAGCGAGCGGAGGCUGCGGCUGAUGCUGCUGCUGCUGCUCUUCACUGGGGUGGCAACGGACCCCCAGCAGCAGCAGCAUCAUCAUCGUCAUCAGCAGCACCACCAUCAGCAGCACCACCACCACCACCACCAUCAGCAGCACCACCAUCAGCAUCAGGGCGGCGAGCUGGCUACCCGCAUGCGCGCCCUCUACGAGCGGUGCCGCCGCGAGGGAGGAGCGCGAAUCCGUGGCAACAGCGUGCGGAGCAUCGCGGCACUGAGCCCAGGAGACUCGCCGCCAGGACCCCACUUCUCCUUCAACCUCUCCCUCAUCCCAGCGUCCGAGUCGCUCAUCGCCGCGUCUCUCCACUUCCCCCCGGGCGCCCCGAGGCGACAGGGACGUGGGCCCCAGCGCGUCUCCGUGUCGCUGUGGGGCUCGGCGCACCCCCGCGGCGACCCCGGCGCGGGGCGCCCUCGCCGCACGUUCUCGUUCAUCCCCUCGAGCUACGCGCACUGGCACGCGCGGGACGUCACGGAGCCGCUGGGCGAGGCGCGGUCCCGAGGGAUGCCCUGGCUCCACGCGGACAUUCGGACGGGCCCCAGGGGUGCCGAGGAGGUCCCUUACCUCCUCGUCUUCGCAUUCGACUCGGCCCUAGCGGGGGACGGCGGCGUCGCGAGCGUCCUGCACCUGCGGGCCCUGCACCAGGCGCGUGGGGAGUCUCGCGGGACGCGGGGACCCGAGCCCCUCGCCGAUGGGGACGAUGAGCAGGGCGUGUCGGACAGGGGAGCCGGGGUCGGGAUCGAACCCGAAGGGGACGUUGGAGAAGGGGUGCGGCAGAGGCGCGACGCGUCCCUGCGGACAAAUGAACUGCCCGGGUCGCGUCUCUUGGCUCCCUCCCCCUCCUACGAGGACGGUGAUGAUGGUCAUGAUGACGAUGACGAUGGCAGUGAUGGUGAUGACGAUGAAGAGAUGGCACAGGAAAGAAGAUCAUCAGCAGCAGCAUCAUCGUCAGCAGCAUCAUCGUCAUCAGCAUCAUCAGCAGCAGUAGCAGCAGCAGCAUAUUCACCAUCUUCAUCAUCAGCUGCAUCAGCAGCAUAUUCACCAGCUUCAUCGUCAUCCCAGCGCAGAUCUCGUCCCAGAGACGCGCAGAGGCAGAGAGAUCAGGGAGGAGCCAACAGCAGCAGCCACGGCGGCGGCGGCCGGGGUCGCGGGAAGACCGAGGCGGAACGGAGGCGCAGGGCGGACAAGCGGCGUCCCCCGGGCGGGGGUCCCGCGGCGGGGGGGGCCCCCUCCCUCUCGGCGUGCGCACGACGCCACCUCACGGUGGACUUUGCCGACAUCGGCUGGGACAAGUGGAUCAUCUCCCCUAAAGCGUACCUCGCGCACUACUGCGCCGGCACCUGCGACUUCCCCAUGUCCAAGGCCGUGCGUCCCACGAACCACGCGACCAUCCAGAGCGUGAUGCGUGCCGUGGGGCUCGUGCCGGGUCUGCCGGGGCCGUGCUGCGUGCCGGACAAGAUGACCCCGCUCAGCAUCCUCUACGUGGACCAGGCAGACAGCGUGGUCCUCAAACUCUACCCCAACAUGUCCGUUGAGUCGUGCGCCUGCAGAUAGCCGGGCCUUCGACGCCCCGGCGACAACACAGAGGGAGAUGUGGGGGGGGGUGGGGGGGGGAGC